UUUUACUGCUGCUGCCUCUACAUCUGCUUUCACCUCACCCACACAAUGACACAAAAAUACAUUCUUCUGUUGCCUGUAGAGUUCACAUCUUUGUCAAGUUAACUGCAGAAUAGAAAGUCAUUCUUUAGGAGGUGUUUUUAGGAGAAACAUACAGCUCUGAUCAGCCAGACUUCAUCAGUGUAUUACACCAACAGAACCUCAGAGACGUAAGGACAAAGAGAGGAAGAUGAUGGUAUUCUGUCUGCUUGUGGCAGCUCUCAGCAGCCCUGUUGUUACUGAAGAAUGGAAGGCUGAUGUUGUAAAUUUCCUUGAUGCCCUGGUUUCAUCCUGUGUUGUGGUACCCUGUUCAUUCACCCAUCCUAGAGGACCCCUGCCCACAUCCAGGCUCAGAGGAAUCUGGCAUCGUUCGACCAAUCACAAAGAAUACAUCUAUAAUGAGGAUAACACUCUAAUCGUUGACAGCUUUAGGGGUCGCACAAAGUUGUUGGGAGCUUUGGGUCAGAACAACUGCACCUUAGAAAUCAUUGACAUUAAAGACCAUGACAACGGCCCUUUCUGUUUCCGGAUUGAGUUAGCAAAAACAUCGACUGAUACAUCCACCACUGACAAGUUCUCCUUUGUUGAGCAGUGUGUCCAGUUUAAGAUGCUAACUGAUCCUCCAAAACCUAUACUAAAUCACGCAAAGACAGCCAUUCAAAAUCAUCCGUACACUGUCACCUGUUCAGUCACCCACACCUGCCCCUCCCAUAUGCCUAAACUCACAUGGAAUAAGGGAACUGCAGACAUGGCCACGGAGAUCCACAGAGAAGUUCAAAGGGGCUUGUGGGAGGUGCAGUCCAUCCUGACGUUCAUUCCUGAGGAGAAGGAUGACCACACUGAUGUCACCUGCACAGCAGCAUUUCAUGAAAAGCCUGAGUCCUCUGAAACAAUGACACUCUAUGUAAAACGUGCAGAAAACUACAACCACAUCAUCAUUCCCACAGUGGUGGGGAUCGGUACUGCUGUUCUCUUUGGAGUCUUCUGCAUCUUAAUGGUGAAAAAAUACAAGACACGCAUUGCAGAGCUCCAACGUCGAGAUGGCAGCGUGUUGAACCGGCUGUCCAGGAUGUCUCGCAGGAUUCGUUCCGAUGGCCCAGGACCAUCUCAUUCUGAUCAAAGAAGGUCUAUUUGGAGCAGAUUUUCUAGAAGGCCUAAAGGGGAAAUGCUGGAUUUGGACCAUAUGCCCAAUAAUGUGAAAUCAAAAUCCUGUGCCGACGGGAAAAUCUCCAAGCCUCGUUUCCCAUCCCCCAAAAGCCAGCCAAAAUCCUACAAUUACAAUGAGGACCUUGAUGAUGGUGACGAUUACAUGAACACUGUGGAACUCAACAUCUAUGGAAACAUCUGAAAAUAAAGCCCUCCAAAGAGAGUUUGUGAUCAAAGCAAACAACAAACCUAAUCACGCUCAUAAUAAUCAUUGUGUAUUAACCACGUCUGAUGAUUGUAGUUUUAAUUAUUUAUGACUGCUGUGUUAACCUCUCCUGUUAAGCAAAAUAUAUUUAAUUGUGUCAAGUAAAAUGCAUUUUGAACAUAUGUUUAUUGCAUUUAUUACAAUGUCUACCAUUAUAAUGUUACACAGCAAUAAUCAAGCAACUUUGUUAAACCAGUGUAUUUGUUUGUUUGUUUAGGCAUGGUGUCAUUAUUGUUGGGCCUAAACAGUGUUUGGAAAGUUACUGAAAAAUUGUAAUUUGUUAAUUACUAGUUACUUCUCUCGAAAGUAAUUGAAUUACUUUUCCAAUUACUGCAUGUAAAAGUAAUUAGUUAUGAGGGAAGUAGCUUUCUUGUUACUUGUAAAUGUCUGUUUCAAUGAUCUUAUUAACACACAACAAUUACACGUUACCUUUAAAAAACACACCUAAAACAAAAUGCCACAGUAAGAUUGAAUUCAAUGAGUUGACUCCAAAGGCAUGAAAUAAAAACAAAAAGGGAUAAGAAUUGAAUAAAAUAGUUCGAACAACUUUCCCAGCAGUCUGAUACUGAACCUUAUAAAGGAGGUAAAACGCUGACGUGACUCUCUGAAUUCUUUCUCUUUUUCUAAAAUCUCUUGAGUGUGAAUAACCUACAUGUAACCUUUGUACCAUGCAGCUGUUUUUUUCUGUUAUUGUUGUGGUUAUUGUCCCCUAGUAUUAUAUAUUCAAGUAUCCAGGAACAAUAAAGUGCUACAAGCAGCCAUCAAUGUCAUGGACAAGGACUUUUUUUUCCUUUUUUCCCCCUAUCUAUGUUGCAUUCAUAUUUUGGGGUUUGUCUUUUUUCUUUUCAACUUUUUAUUUAAUAUUUCUCUUUACUGUUUUUGGCCAGUGCUGUUUUUCAAAUGUGUAUAAUAAAAUAAUAAAGUCUUCAAAAACAAUAAAAAAGUAUUAUGCCUAUGAACUCA